AUGAAAAUCAUUUCUCUCAUCGUCGUCUUGACUUGUUCCUUGACCGCUCUGGCGAUCCCAUACCCUAACAAUGGUCUCGGAGAGAACGCGCCCUGUAAAUCCACCUCUGCAAGAAAGGUCUACAUUGUUGCGGAUGGCUCCCUGAUUAUAUGA